GGGCUACUCCAGAAUACAAAGGCAGCAGACAAACACCAAGAAGAAGAAAAAUACUCUCAAGCACAAAAGAUUUUGUUCUUCUUCAUAUACCAAAGCAGCAAAAACUUGCAGAGAAUGGAAAAAAGGCUAAAACAAGAACAGCAGCAGAAGCCAAAGACAAUUACUACUUCUUAAAAUACAAAUAGCUCUUUCAAAAACAGUUUCAUACCCUUUAGAGAAAGGCUGCAGGGGACACAUCGAGUUUUCCCAUUGUGUAGAUUUGUAAAGCUAUGUAUUGCAUAAGAUUCCAAUUAGCAACAUUUGUUUUGGGCAAAAGAAGAAGCGAUGAGCCAGUCUGGUUAACUGCCAUCUCCGAGAGAGGCAGUCUUUUUCCAUUUGUCUUCUCUUCCACUAAAAACAGAGGAGUGUUUUAUGAGCAAACAGAGAAAGCUCAGGUCUCAUUUUCCAAUUUGAAGUCUCAGAAGUACUCAGCCUUGUGUUCUCACCCUGUAACUAUCCUCCAGUCACCUGUAAUCAUACUCAGUGGUCUCAGCUCGGCUCUCAGCAGCUUGCAGCAGCCCUUUGCAAAACACUUUAUCAGUUAUUUCCCCUCUCCAUGAUUUUCCCUGCCAGGUUUUCUCUGGAUGGCAAAGCUGAGUGGCUCUGUCUGAAAUCAGAACUGACUCAUGCCCCUAAUGCCUGUAGGAGACAGCAGGUCCUACCCACAAAGUGGGUCACUUUUCCACCGAAUUCUCUCCACCUGGCUGUCAAUAAUUAGCUUAAUUCCACUGUUUUAUUGCCCAUCUCUAGAGCUAAAGUGUUUUAUUAAUGGAAAGGGCACUCUUUCUCUUCUGCUGGGUUGGGUGCCCACUAUGCCCAUCUGAAGUACCAUGAGAUGUUAAACUUGUACCGACUUUAGGUUUAAGCUGUAUCUGACUAGAUGUUUUUACAUGGUGAUAACACUAAAAAUCUGUGCAAAAUGCUCAGAUAUUACCUUGACUAGCCCAGUGCAAAGUACAACAUUCAAACAUUGUUACGAGCUAUCCCGGGAACCGGUUGAGUCACCAUCCCUGGAGGUAUUUAAAAGACACGUCGAUGUGGCACUUGGGGAUGUGGUUUAGCGGUGGGCUUGGCAAUGAUGGGUUAACGCUUGGACUCGAUGAUCUUAAAGAACAAACCGUUCACCAUGUCCAUCAAGAAGGAAGGUGCCCACAAGAAGUGGGCUGCCCUGAAGGAGAAGCUGGGACCCCAGGAGACCGACCAGUCAGAGGCCAACCUGGAAAAUGCAGAGCCAGAGCUGUGCAUCCGUCUCCUGCAGAUGCCCUCCGUGGUGAACUACUCCGGGCUGAGGAAGAGGCUGGAGAACAGUGAUGAUGCCUGGAUGGUGCAGUUCCUGGAGCUGUCUGGGCUGGAUCUCCUCCUGGAGGCCCUGGACAGGCUGUCAGGGCGAGGAGUGGCCAGGAUAUCCGAUGCCUUGCUUCAGCUCACCUGCAUUAGCUGUGUGCGAGCGGUCAUGAACUCCCACAAAGGCAUAGAAUACAUUGUGAGCAACGAGGGCUACGUCAGAAAGCUCUUCCAAGCACUUGACACAACUAAUGUCAUGGUCAAAAAGCAAAUAUUUGAGCUCCUGGCUGCACUGUGCAUUUACUCAUCAGAUGGCCACUCUUUGGCUCUGGAUGCUUUGGACCAUUACAAGAGUGUGAAGAACCAGCAGUACCGGUUCAGCAUCAUCAUGAACGAGCUGUCCAACACAGACAACGUGCCCUACAUGGUGACACUGCUGAGUGCCAUCAAUGCCAUCAUCCUGGGCACAGAGGAGCUAAGAACAAGGACACAAAUCAGAAACGAGUUCAUAGGGCUUCAGCUGUUGGAUGUUUUAGACAAGCUAAGGUAA